AUGCGUUUUUCUAACUUUAUGCUCGCACUGAGUGCAGCGUCUUCUGCUGCGGCCAACAAAUUCUCCUAUCGAAGCCAGCACCCGCACGCAAGAUCAUUCAAGAGAGACAUCUCUGUGAAGUCUGACGAUGCUUGGGAUCAUGUCGUCAAGGGGUCCGACCUUGCUGUGUCCGAGGAGUCAGCAACAGCCUCAUCUGUUGACAAAUCAAGUUUCCAUAUUUCUAAUUUCAAGCUCCGUGCCAAAAAGCUUGAUCCAUCAAAGCUUGGGAUCGAUACCGUGAAGCAAUACAGCGGCUAUUUGGACAACAAUGAACAAGACAAGCAUCUUUUCUACUGGUUUUUCGAGUCAAGGAAUGACCCUGCCAAUGACCCUGUGAUUCUUUGGCUCAACGGCGGUCCAGGGUGCUCUUCUCUCGUGGGCCUAUUCCAGGAGCUUGGUCCGGCCAAGAUCCUACCAGACCAAACAACUCAGUCAAACCCUCAUUCCUGGAAUAACAAUGCGUCUGUCAUCUUUAUUGACCAACCCGUCAACGUUGGGUUCUCAUACAGUAAGACAAACGACACUGGUAGUACAGUAGCUGCCAGCGACGACAUGUAUGCUCUCUUGACCCUGUUUUUCCACGAGUUUCCCGAAUACGCCAAGCAGGACUUUCACAUCGCCGGCGAGUCAUAUGCUGGCCAUUAUAUCCCCGGUAUCGGCUCCAGGAUACUCUCUGAAACAAACCGCAACAUCAAUUUAAAGAGUCUAUUGAUCGGCAAUGGUCUGACGGAUCCCCUCACCCAAUAUGCUUACUACCGCCCAAUGGCUUGUGGAGAUGGUGGCUAUCCCUCUGUUCUUGACUCUAAAACCUGCGACAAAAUGGAUAGUGACCUCCCCGCGUGUCAGGAUUACAUCAAGAAGUGUUAUGAUGGAGAUGUCCAAUCAUGCCAGGAUGGGUUUAGCUACUGCAACAGUCGACUCAUCGACCCCUAUUCCUCCGCUGGAAACAACGUCUAUGACAUUCGAAAGGGUUCAUCAGACGUGCCCACCGGCGCCGACAAGUGGCUCAACUCCCAGGAGGUGAUGGAGGCACUCGGCGUGGAGGUUGAGGGCUACACCCAGUGCAGCAACGAGGUCUACUCUCUGUUCGAGCAGUCUGGGGAUUGGAUGAUGCCAAUCUACCGCCGCAUUCCGGAUAUUGUUGCUAAGAUUCCAGUCCUCAUCUACGCCGGUGACGCUGACUUUAUCUGCAACUGGCUUGGCAACUUUGCUUGGGUCAAGGGGCUGGAUUGGACAGGAAAGGAAGCGUUCAACAGCGCCAAGGUCGAGACCCUGAGUGCUUCAAAUGGUUCACAAUACGGCGAAAUAACGACUGCACAGAAUCUGGCUUUCAUCAAGGUCUUCAAGGCCGGCCACAUGACCCCCACUGCUCAGCCCGUUGGUUCCUUAGAUAUGGUUAACCGCUGGGUGCGUGGCGAGUGGUGGAACAAGAAUUAG